AUGAUGCUUCCCCGGACCCCCAUCACCAUCACUGCUGCGGCCGCCGCAGCUCCUGCGCGCCGCGACACCACGCCCGCAGCGGGCAAGGCUGCAGCCCGGGCUCAGACCUCCAAGAAGUUGUCGCCCGCGAGGGGACAGCGGGCAUCGGAGGAGGACCCCACAUCUGGCCGCCGCUGCCGCCCCUGCGGGCCCGGGGCGCGUCUCCUCCUUGGGCGGCGCUGCCCGCGGCGCGGCGUGUGCACCGAGCGAGUGAAGGUUUGUGUGCUGGAGAGGCAGAUAUUUGACUUCCUUGGAUAUCAGUGGGCACCUAUCCUGGCAAAUUUUGUACAUAUUAUCAUUGUCAUCCUUGGUUUGUUUGGAACUAUUCAGUAUAGACCUCGUUACAUAACAGGAUACGCUGUCUGGCUAGUCCUCUGGGUGACGUGGAAUGUGUUUGUUAUCUGCUUCUAUUUGGAGGCGGGGGAUCUCUCAAAGGAAACAGACCUUAUCCUGACAUUUAAUAUUUCAAUGCACCGAUCUUGGUGGAUGGAGAAUGGACCAGGAUGUAUGGUGACAUCUGUGACGCCUGCCCCCGACUGGGCCCCAGAAGACCAUCGAUACAUCACUGUCUCAGGGUGUUUUCUGGAGUACCAGUACAUAGAAGUGGCUCAUAGUUCCCUCCAGAUCAUCCUCGCAGUAAGUGUUCAGAGCUAA